UACAGCGGCGACGGUGGCGCCGUGAGCACGCGAUGGCGUCCGUCGCCGCAUGGCUGCCGUUCGCGCGCGCCGCCGCUAUCGGCUGGGUGCCCAUCGCCACGCACCCGCUACCCCCGCCGCCCGUGCCCAAGGACAGGCGCCGCGCCGAGGACGAGAAGCUCCUCAUCAACGUCUCCGGCCGCCGCUUCGAGACCUGGAGGAACACCCUCGAGAAGUACCCCGACUCCCUCCUCGGCUCCACGGAGCGGGAGUUCUUCUACGACGAGGACAGUCGAGAGUACUUCUUCGACCGAGACCCGGACAUAUUCAGGCACAUCCUCAACUACUACAGAACGGGCAAGCUCCACUACCCCAAACACGAAUGCCUAACCGGGUACGAUGAGGAGCUCGCGUUCUUCGGGAUCUUGCCCGACGUUAUCGGGGACUGUUGUUACGAAGACUACAGGGAUAGGAAGCGUGAGAACGCGGAGAGGCUCAUGGACGAUAAACUCAGUGAAGCCGGGGACCAGAGCCUGCCCCAGCUGACGGACUUGCGGCAGAAGAUGUGGCGGGCGUUCGAGAACCCCCACACUUCGACCGCCGCUCUAGUAUUUUACUAUGUGACUGGAUUUUUCAUCGCCGUCUCUGUGAUGGCGAACGUCGUGGAGACGGUGCCUUGCGGGCACCGGCCGGGCAGAGCGGGCACGCUGCCCUGCGGGGAGAGAUACAAAAUUGUAUUCUUUUGUUUGGACACUGCUUGCGUGAUGAUCUUCACGGCCGAGUAUCUCCUGCGGCUGUUCGCGGCGCCGGACCGCUGCAAGUUCGUGAGAUCCGUCAUGUCGAUCAUAGACGUUGUGGCGAUCCUGCCGUACUACAUCGGUUUGGGGAUCACCGAUAACGACGACGUGUCGGGCGCUUUCGUGACCUUAAGAGUGUUCAGAGUGUUCCGUAUCUUUAAAUUCUCGCGGCACUCGCAGGGGCUGCGAAUCCUGGGCUACACGCUCAAGUCAUGCGCCAGCGAGCUGGGCUUCCUGGUGUUCUCGCUGGCGAUGGCCAUCAUCAUCUUCGCCACGGUGAUGUUCUACGCGGAGAAGAACGAACAGGACACCAACUUCACUUCCAUUCCAGCUGCCUUCUGGUACACAAUCGUCACAAUGACUACACUUGGCUACGGAGACAUGGUCCCGGGCACGAUAGCCGGCAAGAUCGUCGGCGGUGUUUGCUCUCUUUCUGGCGUGCUGGUGAUCGCUCUACCCGUCCCUGUCAUCGUGUCCAACUUCUCGCGCAUCUACCAUCAGAACCAGAGGGCGGACAAGAGGAAGGCGCAACGGAAAGCGAGACUCGCACGCAUCCGUAUCGCCAAAGCCUCAUCAGGAGCGGCCUUCGUCUCCAAGAAGAAGGCAGCAGAAGCGCGCCUCGCCGCCCAGGAGUCCGGCGUGGAGCUGGAUGAUGCUGGGCGGGAUGAGGACAUCUUCGAGUUGCAGCAUCACCAUCUGUUGAGAUGUUUGGAGCGUACUACGAUGAUAGAUGACGUAAGAAAAUUCGACUGCUACGUGGAGGACCGGGAGUUUGUGGAAAUGGAGAACCCCUACAACGGGGCGGCGAAGCGGCCGGGCUCCCCGUCGCCUCUUGCGUCGCCCGCGCACUCCGGGCGAGCGCCUGCGCUGCUCGCCUGCUGUGCGCGGUGCGGCUGCUGCCCACAGAAAUAUCAGGUCCUGCUUUUAGACUCGAGUAGAAAACGAGUUCGAGGCACUAGGAGGUACACGGCAACGUCACGACCGUCCGACACGUCAGUCUCCGCCGCCCCCAGCGAAGACCCCUUACCACAAGCAUGCGGUAAAUACAUUCCAGCGGGCAGCACUGUCCAAGGUAACCAGACAGGUGUGGCGAUGGACGGGACAUAUCUAGUCGAAGCAUCCUUCUAGGAUCCGACAACUAGCGCUCAUGUUGAGAGCUAUGUGUGAACUCUAAAGUGUGGUUGUGACCUUCCACACGAAUCCCAGAACCUUCCGACACCUGGGGACUCCUAAAAGACAUUGCGCGCAAAUAAUUAUUAGACUAUUGUAUUGUAUUAUCUGUAAAUCUUAACACGAUACUGCCUAAAUAUGAAACGGAUAUCGUAUUUGUUUCGAGUGUUUAAUGAACUUAUUCUAAUGGAGACCUUACGAGACCUAUAGUGAGUAGACAUCUUUCAGGUAGGCGUGCCCAACUUAGAGUCAUUGCACACUGAGCAGCAAAAUUUUUGAGCAAUUAUCAUUGAUAAAUUGAUAAUGAACUAAAUGAACAUUAAGAUCAGUUCAAUAUAGCGUGCAAGAGAUAAUUCUUUGUGGACUCUGUAUGCACUGACCCCUAGGCUGCAUUAUUACUUAUAGCCUAUUAAUACGUUAAAUACUUGGUGGAGAAGGAACGCUAACAUUUAAGCUUAGACGAACGAAUGGAACGGGCGACGGUAAAUAUAAGGAGAAAACAAUGAUUUGCCUACAAAAAGUGCUAUCUAAACAAAUUGUUAUUAAUUUAGGACAUUGUGAAGAGCAUAAGUUUGAGCUGCUUAUAGUAAAAAUUGUAUUAUAGUUUGAGAAUUAAAUACAAUAGGUUCAAGGUCAGAGGCUCUAGUAUGAUCACGUUGAUUGGAGGUUUAUUUUCGGGAAAGCGUUGAUAUUCCCAUACAACUUUGACAGUUAAACGCACAGUUAACGUUAACUUAAAUAGGCUGAGGUUAGGGCUGAGUUUCAAACUCAUUUGGUCUCCAUUAGAAAACAAAUUGUCCCGUUCGUGUUUUCUUUUUACUCAUAUAGUUAUAAAAACAGUAUUACAUUAUAAGGUUUUUAAUAUUAAAACAUUUGAAUGGUUGGAUUGAAUCUCGCCCCGCAACGAGGUUUCCAGAUUUUCCGCUUCUGAAAAUCUUUAGUGAAAAAAAGACAAGUUAGUUUUUCAAAUUACACUCUAGUCAAUAGUCGAAAUCAUAUCAAUAUCAGUAACAGGAAUAAUUAAUUAUUAUUAUCGUUCUUAGCUAUCGCUGUCUUUUUUUAAUCCACGAGGUCACUAGUGCCUUCGAUUAUUGCAAAGGGAAAUUAAGGCUGGGUGUAUACUGUAAGCAGGUGACACAGUGGAGACUGUAGUGCAGCGCAUGACAAGUAAAAAGUUGUGUGUAUUUUGUCAAUGCCUGAAUUCACCAGUAAAUCUUUAGUAGGUAAAAGUUUUUUCAGUCAAAUUAGACUGAAGAAAUUUUUGCGUGAGAGAGAUAGUUACGUUAGAUAGUCUUUUGUCAGCACAGAUUUCUGUGUGUUUCAUAAAAACAAUAAUUACGCCACAUAAACGAUAGAUAGCCUAUGUAUAAAUUUAUCUAUAUCGGCUGCCGUGCUCUUCUUACGUCAUCCAAUGGCGAACAAAACUCUUGGACGUAUGGACUAGUCAGAUUCAAUAAUCCAUACGUCCCAAUGUUAUCCUUGCUGAGAUCUGUCUCUUUUGAUCUCCUUGAGCUUGAUAGGACGCAAUGUCUGCCAGAGCUUUUGUUUGCUUGUCUAACUUCUUCGGUGAUGCGGAUAUGGUUCUGGUCUAAACAUUUUAUAACAAUGGUAUGUCUUCUACACUGUGUCGCGCUGCACUACAUAGUUGCCUGCAAGACAGUGUGCGCACAGCCUAACUGUUGCUCUGUGUUAGUGAAUAAUAGGAAAUAUGUAGAUAUUCUUAUAUUGAAAGUGUUAAAAUGGGGCGUGUUAGGCACGUAGCAGAGUCCACGAAAGUUUCACAUUUUAUCUUGGGUGUAGCGCCAAGCAUACGGAGAUCACCGAUAUGUAUUAUCAAUGUUAAAUAAAUUGUAGAGAGUUAUUCAUAAUAAUUGUCACUCAACAAUAAUUUUUUCAUAAUACAGGGUUAUAAAUACCAAGUUACAUAUAACUAUAAAAUUUAUUAUUAUAUCAAUAAAACUUACUAUACUUAUAUUGUAUAUAUUAUAAUAAAUAAUGCAUAAGGUUGACUACUUUGAAAUCCGCCCCUUUCAUAAACAUAUAAGCGAUCACUCGGGGAAUAAUAGAUGUAAUAGUAAUAAAUAAUAAUAAUUAGAUAGAAUAAUAAAAAUAAUUUAAACUUUUAUUUUGGGGAAUAAUAACAAUAUACAGCUCAGAAAAAUGCUGUAGACCAAAAGUUUAUUUAUAUUGCUUAUGGCUUGUUCGUAUUUAUUGAUUAACCCUGUAUAGAAAAGUAAUUUACCAAUGAUAUAGCAAUGACAUUAUGUUAAUGCUGCGUGCCACCGAAUGCAAUACGUUGCGAAGUAUCGUCAACUAUUUAUAAAAAUGGCUGAAGAAAAUCUAAAUGAAUUUUAAACAAUGAAAUUUUACGGUCGGUUAAAAUGGUAGAACCUUGACUUUAUACUAGAAUGUGGACGUCUUAUGAUUGCAAUAGAUAAAAGAAUGUUAUGUAUAGAUAGAUGAAUUUAUGUGGUUUAAAUAGAGAUUUAUUUGAAAAUAUUUAAUUGAUAAAUGUUAAAUUAUAGAAUGUAAGUAACUGUAAUAUUAAUAUGUGAGUGUUUAAUGCAUUGGAUGCAUGUUUUAGUAGAGUAAAUAGUUUGUCAUGGACGAAGUUAAAUUCUGUUUAAAAAAGAAUACAAUAAAUUAUUUUUUUAAUUUCACUACGACCUUCGCACAUGGUGUCAUUUUUAUGUGCGGUUAGCAUGUCAGACUUAGCUAAAAAUAGCUAGGUAUACCUCAACGUGGAAAUGGCGACUUGUGCAAAGGUUCUGAAAAUUAAUAUUUUUGGUAAAACCAUAUUUUUAUUGAAUAGUCUUUUACUUUGUCUAUGAAAAACUUGGGUAACACUUAUUUUGUAGGUAUUUGUAUAAACCGAAUUCGAUGUUAAAAUAUCUCUUCCAAAAUAUUCCACAAUUUCUAUUGUACUUAAAAUAUUAUAAUAUUCAAUAAUUUUUGGUAAUUAAUAAAGUUAAUAAUUAUUAAGAGUCAGUCAAGUAGCUAGUAAUUGAACUUUAAUAACUUCAUCAUGUAAAUUAACGAUUUCCUAAUUCCUGUAUGUUUAUUAAAUUUGUGGGAUAUUUCAAAAAGUACCUAUCUUAACAUUUAAUAAUUUUAUUUUAUUAGUAUUUUGGUACCGAUAAAUUGUAUAAUUUAUCAAAUAAAGUAUUGUUUAAUUUAUAUUUAAUAUAAUUUAAAUUUGUGUGCGGAUAUUUUUUUCCACGUAAAAUAAGCCAUUGAUAGUAUGAGGGCUUAAUGAGAAAAAUUAGACAAUAGAUUAUAAAAAGUCAAUUUUAGUGUCUUUUCCGAUUUUCCUAAGGUUAACAUAAAGCUCUAUUGUCUAAACAUAAUAAAUAAACGAUUUUUUUUUAUUAUACAAGAUAAUAAUAUUAAUAUAAUAUAUAUGUAGUUAGAAUUUCUA